CUGCCUCAUAUCUACUCCCCUCCUCUCCAGUCUCCAUACUUUCUGCAAUUCCAGACACACUCACACUCACACACACACACAUAUAUAUAUAUAUGGAUCUGUAAAUCUCCACACGUAUUCUCACACAACGCACAGUGCUUCAAGAAUUGCAGCAGGAAGAAAGGAUGCCUGAGUUUGAGAAGUCAAAGCUUCACAUAGCCAUGUUUCCAUGGGUGGCCAUUGGCCACAUCACUCCCUUCAUCCAUCUCGCCAACGAGCUCGCCAAAAGGGGCCACUCUAUCUCCAUUUUGAUUCCCAAUAAACCUCUUCUUCAGCUCGGCCACCACAGUCUCUACCCAGAUCUCAUCAAAUUUCAUGUUGUUACUAUUCCUCAAGUAGAGGGCCUGCCGCCCGGCGCUGAGACUGCUUCCGAUAUCGACAUCACAGCCAAGAAUCCACUAGCCAUAGCCUUCGAUGCUACGGCCGAACAAGUCGAGACCAUUUUAUCCGGGCUGAAACCUGAUAUCGUGUUUUACGAUUUCGCCGACUGGAUCCCCAAGAUGGCAGCCCGGGUUGGCUUUAAAACUGUUUGUUAUAAUGUCAUCUGCGCUUCUUGUAUGGCGAUUGGUAUUGUUCCCGCCAGGCAUAUUCCUAAAGACAGGCGGCUGACGGAGGAGGAACUCGGGCAGCCCCCCAAAGGGUACCCUUCUUCCACGGUGGUGCUUCGCGGCCAAGAGGCACUGACUCUAUCUUUCAUCGCCAUGGAUUACGGCGCCACCAAGUUUGACGUGCGUAUUACCGCCGCGAUGCAGGGCUGCGACGCUAUUGGCAUCCGAACUUGCCGCGAGCUGGAGGGCCCUAUGUGCGAUUACUUGUCGGAACAGUACAAUAAACCCGUCUUCCUAAGCGGGCCGGUUUUGCCGGAGAAUCCAAAAGGGGCGCUGGAGGAGAAGUGGGACAAGUGGCUGAGCAAAUUCAAGCCCAAAUCCGUUGUCUACUGCGCGUUCGGGAGCCAACUGAUGCUGCAAAAGAAGCAGUUUCAAGAAAUGGUGUUGGGUUUCGAGAUGACGGGGCUGCCGUUCUUCGUAGCCGUGUCGAAACCCCAUGGAGCGGACUCCAUAGAAGAAGCUCUGCCGGAGGGAUUCUUGGAGAGGGUGGGAGAUAGAGGAGUGGUUCAUGGCGGGUGGGUCCAGCAGACCCAGGGCCUGAACCACCCGUCAGUGGGUUGCUUCGUGAGCCACUGCGGGUUCGGAUCCAUGUGGGAGUCUCUGCUGAGCGAGAGCCAGAUAGUGCUGGUGCCGCGGUUGGCGGAUCAAAUACUGAACACACGGCUGCUGGCGGAGGAGCUGAAGGUGGCGGUGGAGGUAGAAAGAGGGGAGAUGGGGUGGUUUUCCAAGGAGGAUCUAAGCAAGGCGAUCAAGAGUGUGAUGGAUGAGGAGAGUGAGGUGGGGAAAUUGGUGAAGGAGAAUCAUGGCAAGUGGAGGGAGACUCUGAUGAGCCCUGAAUUUAUGGAUAAUUACGUUGAUAACUUCAUCCGACAAUUGUAUCAACUGUUAUAGGUUUAAAUUUGGACUUUGUCUGUUUUUAAUGAGAAUACUUGCAAGAAUUUGGUGUUGUAACUCUGGAGGUUUGUUAUGGAAAAGGAAUUCUUCUUCUUUU